AUGAACUCAGCUGGAACCACUAUGCAAGACUUUCUCAAGGGAAAGACCAUUUUAGUGAUUGGCACAACGGGCUUCUUAGCGAAAGUUUUUGUGGAAAAGAUACUACGUAUUCAACCAAAAAUACAAAAGCUUUAUCUUCUUGUAAGAGCUUCAAAUACUGAUUUGGCGUCUCAUCGCUUGCAAAAUGAGGUCUUUCAGACAGAUUUAUUUAAAGUGUUACGAGAGAAGUUGGGUGAAGAUUUUAAUUCUUAUAUAGCAAAGAAGGUUGUGGCAAUAGCAGGAGAUCUUGGUGUUGAAAAUUUAGGAAUCAAAGACAAUAACAUUAAAAAUGUAAUGUUUGAAGAGAUAGACAUUAUAGUUAAUUCCGCUGGAAAUACAAAAUUUGAUGAAAGAUUUGACAUUUCGAUGAGUGUUAAUACAAAGGGAGCUUUACAUGUCUUAAACUUUGCAAAGAAUUGUCACAAAAUGAAGGUUCUUGUCCACCUAUCAACGGGUAAAUAUCUAAACCAAAAUACCUCAAAAUUAUCAAGUAAUGAAGUAAUUUUUCAAGAGAAACCAUUUGAGAUUGGUGAAUCUCUAAAAGGGACUUCAAAAUUAGACAUAGAGAUUGAAAUGAAUUUGUUGGAGAAAAAAUUAGAUGAACUCCGAGCAUUGAAUAUGGACGAAAACAAAAUCAAACAUGCACUAAAAGAUUACGGAAUUGAAAGAUCAAAUUUGCAUGGAUGGCCAAACACAUAUGUAUUCACAAAAGCAAUGGGAGAGAUGCUUUUAGUGCAUUAUAAAGAUAAUGUACCAUUGAUUAUUAUUCGUCCUGCAAUGGUAACAAGUACUAGCAAGGAUCCAUUUCCUGGUUGGAUUGAAGGUCAAAGGACUGUUGAUAGUAUGAUAUGUACCUAUGGUAAAGGGAAACUUCCAUGUUUUCUCGGUCAUCCGAAGACAAUUUUAGAUAUAAUACCUGCAGAUUUGGUCAUCAAUAGUGUGAUUGCAGCCAUGGUUAUUAAUUCAAAUCAAGCCCCUAAAAAUUUCAUCUAUCAUGUUUCUUCUUCAUUAAGAAAUCCGCUCAAAGUUUCUGAUGUUCACAAAAUUUCCCAUCAAUAUUUCAUGAAAACCCCUUACAUAAACAAAAAUGGAAAGCCAAUAGUCAUCUCCAAGGGAAUUGCGUUGAAAAGUUUGUCUACUUUCAACAUUUAUGUAACAAUUCGAUAUGCCCUCCCACUUAAGGUCUUUAAUUUGGUAAACAACAUAAUUUGCCAUUCCUUCCAAGAUGUUUAUGAUGACAACUACAAGAAAAUAAGAAUGGUGAAGAAAAUCGCAAAACUAUACAAACCUUACGUGUUUCUUAAGGCAGUCUUUGAUGACACGAAUACGGAAAAUUUACGGAGGGCAGCAAAGAGCUAUAACAUGGAGAAUGAAGAACUCGAAUUUGACCCUACCAGCAUUAAUUGGACAGACUACAUGAUGAACACACACAUUCCUGGUCUUGUCAAGUAUGCGAUGAAAUAGUUUCAAAUAAAAAAUGGUUGGAAAGUGCUCUUUAGAGCGCUUGUAUGCGAAUAAAAAAUGGGUACUCCUAAGAUGGUGAAGUACUCAAUACCGGGUACGUACCAGUACCGGAUACUCCAUGGUACUCCAAUGUUAUCCUUAUUUACUUGGUUGCGAAUAAAAGGCAACAAUUUCGUUGAUGUUGCUAUUAAAAAAUGUUGUAUUGUUGUACCCAAAAAAACAUUAUUUAUAUUCAUUUUGUGUAACUUUAAAGUUAUAAUGAAUAACAAAUAUUAGGAUUGGAAUAAGGUCAAUUUCUUUGUACAACCUUAUUUACAAAAACAUCUUGACAAUUAAAAUAGAUAAAUUCUUGAGAAUGUUAUGAUUUCAUUGAAACUAUUCACAACCUUAAAUGCAAAGUCAAUGGUAGCUUUGGUGAAGUUGUGUUGAAGAUAGAUAUCAGUAAAGCUCGUGAUAGAGUUUAUUGCUAUUAUCUAUAAUGUAUGAUGUUGAAGAUGGAUUUAUGUGAAAAGAGUUCAUGUAUAUGGAAACGGUUAAUUACUUUGUAAUAAUCAGGGCCGGCCCAACAUAUUAUGUGGCCUAAAGCGAAUACAUUUCUUCUAUGAUAUUUUCGGACAUGAUGCUUAUAUAUAACAAAACAAAAAUUAUUU